AUGGAGGAGGUUACAACAACAGGCGGAGCAACCACGGCCGCGGCGACGAAUGUUUUGGUGGCGAUCGACGACAGCGAGGAGAGCUUCCACGCGCUCCGGUGGGCGAUUGAGAAAAUCCUGAAGCGGAAAUCGGCGACGGUGGUGACGAUUGCACAUGUGGUGGAGCCGCUGCCCCGCUACGCCUUCCCCGGUGGUCUUGCAGUGGUAGAAUCUGCAAGCAAAGCACAAGAGCAGAAUGGUGCAAGAAUUUUGUCACGUGCAUACGAGAUGUGCAGAGAAAGUUCGUUGAAAGCUAAAACUAUAAUUCUGGAGGGGGAUCCAAAAGACAGAAUAUGCCGGGCAGUCGAAGAGAUGAACAUAAAUCUUCUUGUUGUUGGCAGCCGUGGACUAGGCCAAAUCAAGAGGGCUUUUCUGGGAAGUGUGAGCGAUACUGUGCUCAACACGCGAAAUGUCCUGUUCUCGUAGUCAAGCAACCAUCCAAGAAAAUAUAGAAUUUCGAUCCCAUAUGUUGUGCAUAUUUACUGUUGAUGUUGGUACCUUCAUUAAUAAGUUAAUUGCGUGAGCUUUCUUUAUGCAAAAA